AAGCACUAGUUGUGAUGAUUAUAUUUAUCUUGUUUAAAAUAAAUAUCUUUCACAAUUUUCCACAAAACAGGUUUCCUUUGAAGAUGAUGAAAGCAUUCAAUGCAAGUUAGAACAGUUUAUUUCCGGUACGAAGCCAGGAUUCAGGCAAAGCAGAUCCCUGUUCUUGACAUGGUUAGAUUUCAAGGGAUGCGAGAUGCAACAUAUACCCCGAUAUCAAUCACCUCGAAAAGAAGUGCAUCGCUAAAACGCGGCAAAUAAAUGAGUUACAAGGGGAAAUUCAGAAUUUGAAAGAAAAACUGGUAAAUAAAGACAGGCAGAUUGCAGAUAUGCAGGCAAACCAAAACAGAAUGUAUGCAGAGAAUGAUAGUCUAAUGCUCAGAGUGAAAAUGACAGAACAGACAGCAGCAAGGGCUUCCCUACCAAAGGAAUCUCGGGUUGCUGCAAAGAAACAGCUUUUGCAGGAAACGGUUACACCAGCAAACAAUGCCAGAUUCGAUAAGACAGCAGAAACUGAAACUUUAGCCGAAAUAGCAGAAAAUAUGACGGUGGCAGUUGUGGAAUAUACAAACCAGAGUGUGUAUAUUGGAGAAAUGGAGGGAAACAUGAUGACCUUUGCCCGUCGGCCAGUCGGAAAACUAACAAGUUCUCUCAACAGAAUCGGUCAAUGGCGAAGUCGGGAAUCUAGUCUUGGUCUUUCGAGAGCCAUUCCAGUAUGCUAAGCUCUUACCAUACAUAACUCAUUAUUAAAGUUCUUCCUGUGAUUUCUGUGAUGAAGUUUUUUAUUUAUCCACUCCUCUGUGCAUAA